AUGAGUCAUAAGGGGGCUUUUGAGGCUCUUGACAGAUUACUUCAAGAUCUGAGGCGCAUCUCAAGAUUAAUGGGCGGCCUAACAGUACUCCUUGCAGGAGACUUUCGACAAACACUCCUAGUCAUUCCAAAAGGAACGAGAGCAGAUGAGGUAAAUGUGAGCAUCAAAUCUUCAUACCUUUGGAGCAAGGUUAGAAAGUUGAAACUCUCAACAAACAUGAGAGUGGAGUUAGGUGGUGAUGCGCGCAUGGAGAACUUCUGCGGGCAAUUAAUGGAUAUUGGAAACAGUGCUGUAAUUGUUGAGCAGGACGGGAAGAUUAAUUUACCCUUUGGCAAUUUAGUGUCAAAUAUACACGAACUAUUGGCGAGAGUUUUCUCCAAUCUGAACACACAAUUCAAAGAUCAUUGUUGGCUGAGAAAACGUGCAAUUUUGGCGCCAAAAAAUGUCGCAGUAGAUGGCGUAAACAAUCACCUUCUGGAACAACUGCCUGGCGAUCGUCGAACAUACAAGUAA